CUUAGUAUGCUAUGCCACAGUGCUGUCCCCUAGAAACUAGAUAGAUGUCUGCUAUUUUCUUUGUGGAUGUUGAAACCAUGGAAAUAGAUGAUGCUUCUAGGAAAUGUGUGUGUGUUGUUAAUCUCCCCUUUAUGGGGUAUGACCAAGAAAGAGGCAAAGAUGGCAAGAAGGAACUAAAGAGCCAUUCAGAGGAAUGAGAUGAGAUGUCUGUCAUGGAAGGCCCUGGAACAUGGUGUAAAUGGAGACUGGUCAGCCGCAUCAAGCAAUGAGGGGAAAAGGAGACUGCUAAGAUGGACACUGCUGGUGGCCUUGGGUGGGUGGCAGCAGUGGGCAGAUAGCCUGCUUGGAGAAAGAGGUGAGGACCCGGAGCUUGCUGGAAGAGGGGCUGGCCUCCCUCACUGGUGCCUGGGACAUAAUGGGUAUUAGAAGGCAGGGACAAACGGGGUGGCCGAGUGUUCUGUUUGAAGACGUUCCUAGUCUCUAGGAAAAGCCUGCAAAGGAACGAUUCUGGUGGGAAAGUGUGUGCUGCUGCUUGGCCAGGAGGAUGGGAGGUGUUGGUGAGGAAGGAGCAGCUGCAGAGUGCGUGGGGGAGAUGAACUGCUGGGAGGGACAGCAGCUGCACAGGUGUUCCCAGCAAGUGCCUGGACUGCGGGAACAGGAGCGCAAGCUGACCGGGGGCUUGUGGAAUGCUGCUUGGGGCCCGUUGAAGGCCCUUAGCAAUGAUCUUCCUCAAACAGGGCUCGGAUUCAGUGUGUCAAGGGAAGGUGGCCGACUCCCCUGUCGGUGCUGACAGCUAGGGAGCUGGAGGUAGAGCAGGGAUCCUCUGCCCAGGCUCCACACACCUGGGAUCGUGGCUGGAGCUGCCACUUCUGGCUUAGGCCUUCCUCACUCCUGUUCUUUACCCCGACUCCCAUGAUGCUCCUUCCAAGAAGUCCUCCCUGUUCCCCGUCACUGCCUUGGCACAUCCUGCCAGGUCGUCCUGGCCGUUCUUUCUCAUUGGGUAGCCGCUUUGCUGUCUGGGACUUUUCCUGCAUUGUUCCCCAGCGACCAGAGCAGCUUCUGUGGUUUAAUUUUCUGCAUCUCCAGGAUGUGGGAAGGGAUGAAUGGCAGGUGGAGGGGCUGCCGCCCACUGCCCUCUGUGCUCCCUCAGAUGUAAACAGGCUGCCCAGCUGGAAGAGAGGACAUCCACCAGCUAGUGUGGCAUCCAGCACCGAUGCAUCUACUUUCUCCUCUGAAGGUGACUGCAAGGAGACGGACAGGUGCUGCUGCAAACACCAGCAGUGCACGGCGCACAUCAUCCACCCCUUUGACUACGGCCACUGCAACCUGCACCUACAUGCCAUCAACCACUGCGACUGUGAUGCCAGGGUGAAGGAUGGCUCAGAGAAGUCCAGCAGCAGCAGCAGCUCCCGAGACCCAGGCCCAGCCCGCUCCCGCUCCCGCUCGGGCUCGGGCUCUGGCCAAGGCCCGGGUCCUGGUCCAGGCUCGGGUUCUGGCUCAGGCCCAACCUGCUGCAACAUCAUCAAGACUCCCUGCUUUGAGCUCAUCCCGGAGGAGGCGUGCGUGGAGCAGAUCUGGUAUGGCUGGUGUAAAAGCUACCGGCCUGUGUCUGUGGCAGUGAUUCACCAUCCCAUACGUCAUGAGUGUUUGGCAGAUGACCUAAAUGAAGAGGAUGACAGCAAGCCCCCCAUCCCAACCCAGGUGGGGCCCACCACCACACCUGCUGACACAUGUACUGUCACGGUCACCAGUGUGCCCGACACGCCAGCACCCAUUACCAUCUGGCGCUCAGAGAGCCCCACAGGGAAGAGCCCGGGGGGCAAGGCGACCAAGAAAAAGAAGAAAAAGGAAAAAGACAAAGAGGAGGAGACAACGGAUGAGAAGACAAAGCUGAAGAAAAAACCCAAGAAAGGUAAGCUGACUAAGAAGAAAAGCCCAGUGAAAUCGGAGUGUUCGCCUCCAGAUCUGACUCGAUCUUUAAGCCCAAGAGACUUGGCCAGGAUGUCUGAGUCCAGCCCAGAAAGCCGUGAAGACCUGGAGAGUGAGGAGAGUUACACUGACCGGGGACAGGGCGAGCCCUCCAGCGAGGACAUGGUACAGUCGUCAUCGCCCAGGAAGAAAGACAGGAAUGGUGCCCAGGCUAAGAAGACUGGGGGAAAGACCAUACAAGCCAGGAAGGUGAACAAAAGGAAAUCCCCCCCUGCAUCCACCCCUACCCUUAGCUGAGGCCAGGGAAGCCAGAGUGAUGAAUAAAUGCCAUCAAGCCGGUAGCUGACCCCUGCUGUCCUGUCCCACCACAUGGGCCACUGCUUGGGGGCAUGGAGUGGGUUCUGGGUACAGUCAGAGCGGAGGGGCUAGGUAGGGAUGCCAGGAGUCUCCAGGGGAAGGUAGGUAGAUGAGAAAGAAAGGGCCACAUUUCUUUGCAGUAUUAGGACCUGGGCAGAAAAGGACAUUUAGGCUGGGGUGAAAGGGAGGGCUCCCUGCAGCCCACCUUUCAGACACUCUGGAGAUACCCCUAAUAAACCUGAGCCUUUGACCCAGUGUGCCUGGCUUUCCCUCUAAUUGUACCUGGGGAAGAUCCCCCUCCCCCAGACACACCAGCUGCUGCUGUCGUCUUCCUGCUAGACUCCUGUAGGCCUUUUGUGCCAAGGGAGUGAGUGGAACUGAGUUCCCUGGCAGUGGACUGGCUCCUUCCCCCAGCUCUUGCCCAAAUUCCCACACAUGGUGACCUCUUCUGACUUCUCUUGUUUUUCCCAAGCAGAGCAAAGUGGAGGGCAACCUCACUUUCCC